AUGGAUAAGCCAGUUGGGUGCUUUUCGCAAGCGCCCAGCCUAGGCCUGUCAUUGAUUCCUACCAUCUCCGCAGCUGCCACCAGCAAGCACAUGGGAAACUUCUUCGUCCAUGUCGCCGCCUGGUCGCAGCACCGGAGCCAAAGCCCCGGUCCGCAGCGUACCUUUGGCCAUCUUCGAUCGCUCUCGAGCAUGUCUCCGUCGGCUUUCUCUCGGUCGAGAUCUCCGGCUAAAUCCCAGUCUUCAUCGAACAUAGCUGCCGAAAUGAUGGUGCCACCGGACCAUCCAAAUUCUCUUCUUGUGCCCGAACCAAGGAGGAUGGCGUCGCAAAGCUCCCUCAUGGAGGAUCAGGACCAUAGCACUAUACCCGACCCUCGAACGCGCGCCGGGUCUAUUGCAAGUAGUAAUCUUCACCCCGAUCUGGACCAGGAAGUCGCCACAUUAAGUACCAAGCUCAUUAACGCAAUUAAUCACCAAACUAGUCUCGACGACACUCUUUCGGCAACAAGGCAGGAGUUAGAGACCUCCCGAGAACGAGUCAGGGAAUUGGAGGCGCUCGUAGCGCGACAGCAAGAAAUGCUAACUGGAGAUGUUUGGGUUAAACGUAAAAAUGUCGAAAACGAAAAGAAUAAAUUACUCGCGCGCAUUGUCGAAGAGAAGAGACUGCGAGCUGAAGUUGAGAAGGAUAAAAAGAAAAUCGAACAGGAGCUGGAAACAUUGACUGUUUCUUUAUUCGAGGAAGCUAACAGGAUGGUUAUUACAGCUAAAGAGGAUGCUAAGAGAGAGCAGGAUGCCCUUCGCCGGAAAAACGAACAAUUAAAGGCGCAGCUAGCAGAUACCGAAAGCCUUUUGAGGUCGCAGCAAGAACAGCUAGCAGAGCUCAAACUUGUCAUGGAGCAAAUGACAAUCGAGCGUGAUGAUCAUAGUGGAACCGCACCUUCAUCUCCUGGAUUUAGCAAGUUCGAAUCGAGGGACGACGAUACUCAAAUAUCCGAAGGCGGCCCACACUCGGUCGCAGAACAACUCGUCCCUACAUACCCGACAAAUCUCCCACAUCUUAUACACCCGGUAUUAAGAACCGAUUUACAUGCCUACGAUGAUUUUAUGGCAUUAAUACAGACGUCGAAGAGAGCGUCUGAUAGUCGUGCCUCAUCUGGAUCCUAUAGUGGACUGAAUCCUCUUCUCGGGCUUACUUCUAGGCAUGCCUCAGCCCCGUCAAAUUCGUCAACGGCCUCUUUAUCUACCUUUGAGGCGCCAAGCUCUAACGCUUCUCCGCAAACACCGAACACUCCCGCCUCGGUCCUUAGCGCAGGGUCGGCGGCCUCUUCUGCCCCUUUACCACCCCUGAAGGAUACCAAAUUUUACAAGAGGGCCCUAGCUGAGGAUAUUGAGCCCACUUUGCGCCUUGACAUGGCACCGGGCCUUUCCUGGCUUGCGCGUCGGUCGGUUAUCAGCGCUAUGACCGAGGGAACUCUGGUUGUAGAACCAGUUCCUACAAAUUCCCCAUUCCAAUCUAUCAGUAAACCCCAAUUUUAUCCCUGCUCGCUUUGUGGCGAGUCUCGUAAGGACGAGCCGCACCUGCGAAAUCAUCGUUUCCGGACGAGUGAGUCGGAUUCUGCCCAACGAUAUCCUCUUUGCAAAUACUGCCUUGACCGUGUGAGGUCAACUUGCGAUUUCCUUGGUUUCUUACGUAUGGUGAAAGACGGGCAUUGGCGUGCGGAGGAUGCAGAGUCGGAACGGGCUGCGUGGGAAGAGAGUGUUCGACUGAGGGACCAAAUGUUCUGGUGCCGCAUAGGAGGCGGCGUUGUCCCGGUUAUUAGCCACGUGCAUUCCAGCAGCGUCGAAAACCCGUCCACUCGAAAUAGUGAGGAUGUGAACAGGACUUCGGUUGAUGAAAGCAAGACCGAGGCCAUAACAAUUGUCACGCCCGACGAAUCCGAGUCGACUCCGAAGCCAUCCGAACUGGAUCAAGAUGAUAAAAAGCCGGAACAGGCCAUCAAUUCUGAAGACCAGGGUGCUGGCAGCGCUGGAGACUCGAUUGAACACCUGGAGCUUACGGACCUAGAUGUGGAAAAAAGCCAACAGCUUUCACUUACAAUACCGGACCCUUCCGGAAAAGAAGCGCCUGAAUGA